CGAUCACUUCAUCUUUGCAAGUCGCGAAUCGUUUCUACUCUUGAGAUCUUCCGAAAGAUUUUCGGUUUUGACUUCUGUUUCUUGCAAUCUUGCUCGUUCUCUUCAGCUGCUCGCGGUGCAAGAAUCCAUGGCUACGACGGUAGAUUGGCACGGCCGCAACGCCACUCUUCCCGCCGCUCUGUACGAGAUGGCGGACAGCAAGGAGCUAGUGCGCUUGCUUGCUCCGCCCAUGCAACAAGCUACGAUCAUCUCGUUCGCGUACCCCUGCUCCGGCGUGGAACAGAGCGCGGCGAGCUCGCUUCUUGGCGCCAACGGCCUGACUCCCGCGCAGAUGCUUCAGCUCCAGUCGCAGCUCCAAUACCUGCGCAGGCCGGCCGCCGCGGGCGGCGCUCUGGCCACUGUGGCGCAGCCGAUGAAGCGGCAAGGCGUGACGCAGGCUGCGCCGGCGCCUCUCGCGGCGCGGCCGGUGUCCAAGCUGUACCGCGGCGUCCGGCAGCGGCAUUGGGGGAAGUGGGUGGCGGAGAUCCGUCUGCCGCGCAACCGCACCCGCCUCUGGCUCGGGACCUUCGACACCGCCGAGGAGGCCGCGCUCGCCUACGACAGCGCCGCGUUCCGCCUCCGCGGCGACUCCGCCAGGCUCAACUUUCCCGAGCUCAGGCGCGGCGGCGCGCACUUCGGCCCGCCGCUCCACGCCGCGGUCGACGCCAAGCUCCACGCCAUCUGCCACGGCACGGAUAUGCUGCCGCAGAACCAGAGCCAAAGCAACGUGACGGCGGCAACGGUGACAACAGCAACCCCGAGCUCAUUCUCCUCAGCGAGCCCGGACGUCAAGAGCGAGCCGGGCUGCUCAGGCUCCGAGAGCUCGUCGUCGGCGGACGGCGACGUGUCAUCGACUGGCUCCUUCGACGUGGUCCCGGAGAUGCAGCUUCUUGACUUCUCAGAGGCCCCAUGGGACGAGUCAGAGAGCUUCCACCUGCGCAAGUACCCGUCUCUGGAGAUCGACUGGGACGCCAUCCUUUCAUAACGCAAUGGCUCUGCCCUCUUUGUCUCCCUGUUCUUGGUUGCUCUGUUCUUCACAGCUCAACGUGGUGUCUUGAUCUUUAGGUACUUGUUGGUUUAGGUUUUGGGUUUGAUCAUGUCUAGCAUCAGCCCUGGUCUGCUCGAUUUUUUGAAUGGCAUUGCCAGGAAGGAGGUCUCAGCACUUUGGAUUAUGGAAAUUACUAUUUACUAGUGUGCAGGCAAAGGUUUCAUGAAUAUACAUUUGAAGUCUACACUGUAGUUGUAAUAAUCCAAUGAAAAGCCACUUCGGCACACUGGAGGGCUGUUUUUUUUCUUCUUAAA